CGCGACUUUGCCUUUUUCCUCGGACGAUUUUUAUGCUAAUCACGAUUAUUACGUCUUCAGUUAAUGUUAUAGGCCUCGACUACGCGUGCCCUCUCCCUCCUGCAUUCUCCUGCUUUUUUCAUCUCUGCUCAGACUUAUCCGAUUAGGGAUUUCAGUUCUUUAAUCUUCUCCAUUUCGACCUUAUUCGGAUCGGGUCUGAGCACUCAAAUUAAGUUUGAGAAACAGCGUGGUCACUGAUCAGAUUUGCUGCAUCAACCAAGUUUCAUGUCUGAUCUUGAUAUCCAAACUCCUAUUACAUUUGAUCCUUUUGCUGAUGCAAAUGCUGAGAAUUCUGGGGCUGGGUCAAAGGAAUACGUUCAUAUCCGCAUACAGCAACGUAAUGGUCGGAAGAGCCUGACAACUGUGCAAGGUCUCAAGAAAGAGUUCAGCUAUAACAAAAUCUUGAAGGAUCUUAAGAAAGAAUUUUGCUGCAAUGGAACUGUUGUCCAGGAUCCUGAACUAGGCCAGGUUAUUCAACUGCAAGGCGAUCAGCGAAAGAAUGUUUCUACUUUCCUUGUUCAGGCUGGGAUUGUGAAGAAGGAGCAUAUCAAGAUUCAUGGUUUCUGAGGUGUUUCAGCUAAUAUUUAUCAGUGGAUCCAUAAAGCUUGCAUCAGUGUGAACUUACUAUGAUAAUGCGAAGUUAUUUUAUAUAAAGUUAAUUGUGCGCCUUAAGAUCAUCUGAAACUUGUAAUAUGUCUUGGUUUCAUUUCCAAGCAUCAUGUGGGAUGUUGAAUGGAUAAUUGGAUAUUAAUAGUUAAUGGAUAUAAAUAAUCACGACAUUCUCUAUUUGUGUGCCGUAUAUCAACCUUUUGGCGUGCUCAUUUUCCAUGUUAAGCUCCUAGAGAUGUGGAUGGAUUACGGGGAAGCUGCAACAUCUAGUUUUAGGUGUAGUGAAUGUCGGUACUACAAACGUCACUGGUUUAUUUAUCUGUCAUUACCUCUCUAAAUAAAUUUCAGUGUCCGUAGUAUGUUAAUACUGCACUGUAAGAAAUAUCAUCCUGUAAUGUCUGUCAAAUUUAAAAACUGUAAUUGGAUUGCUGCAAUUUUGUCAUAGGUGUCAGUUUUUCAAUUUGGCCAGUUGCUCUAAAG